UUCUGCAAAACUCUCCUGUUCACAGCUACAAUAUUUUCCUUAGCAUUAUUAUAGAGUGUAGACUCUAGAGAAUAGAACAGAAUUCUCAUUUCUCUCGUUCUCUUCUUAUUAGUUGUUUGUUACACUAGCGAGUCUCCCUUUACUGUAUCUUUACUUUCUUCAGCUUUUGAAGAUGGAUUGUCCUAGUCAAGAUCAUCAAUUUGAUCAGUCGUCCUCUUCUCAGCUCAGAAAAACUGGAAGAGGGAAGAUUGAGAUCAAGAGGAUAGAAAACACUACAAAUCGACAAGUCACCUUCUGCAAGCGUCGUAAUGGCCUCCUCAAGAAGGCUUACGAAUUGUCUGUGCUUUGUGAUGCUGAAGUUGCUCUGAUUGUCUUCUCCAGCCGCGGCCGCCUUUACGAAUAUGCUAAUAACAGUGUCAGGGGGACCAUUGAGAGGUACAAGAAAGCCUGUGCUGAUUCAUCAAAUCCAGGAUCUGUUUCUGAAGCUAACGCCCAGUACCAUAAAUCCUCUCUCUAUCAGUUGAUAAUCUGA